GGUCAACUGUCAGAGAGAAUAAAGUUUUGAUCAGACAAACUCAAAGAAAUUCAAGUAUGACAGCUCGUCAUAUUAUUCUGACAGGCCCACCAGGUGUUGGAAAGUCUACAUUGAUACAGAAAGCCUGUGAUGCCAUAAAGUCAAAGGGAAUAUCAGUACAAGGGUUUUAUACAGAAGAGAUCAGAUCAGGUGGCAGAAGGACUGGAUUUGAUGUGGUCACCUUAGAUGGCAAGAGAGGUCCAUUGGCCAGAGUAAGUGAAGGGGGAGAUGGAUUACCCUCCAGUAAGAAAAGAGAUUAUAAAGUAGGACAGUAUAGUGUACAACUACAGUCAUUUGAACAAAUAGCUUUGCCAACCUUACAUCUGAAAGAUGAGAAAUGUGUGAUUGUGAUAGAUGAAAUAGGUAAAAUGGAGUUAUUUAGUCAGACAUUUAUACAGUGUGUAAGAAGUAUACUAGACAAUGAUACCACCACAGUCUUAGCCACUAUACCUAUCUGUAAAGGUAAACCUAUACCAUUUGUAGAAGAGAUUAGGCAUAGACAGGAUUCACAGGUUUUUACAAUUUCUCAAAGUAAUAGAAAUUCCAUAUUAGGAGACAUACUUCAGGCAGUUCAGGCUUCUGUGAAAUAAGGUGUAGAGAUACUUCAUGUUUUUAGCCUCACAAGCUAUGGAAUGACUUCAUUAGAAGUGGAAUAUCAGUUUUAUUGUGCAAUGUGAAUGAUCAGCAUCCAAGUGGUGUUUU